CAGACGAUACCGCGCUGGUGAUGUGAUGAGCGCGUGAAUUUACUUUUUAUCACAGUUUUUUUUUUUUCUUGAUUGUUUAGUAAGUGUUUGUUUUCAAUAUUUUUGUUAUUUAGUUUUGAAAACUAUUUUUUUCUUGUAAUUACACAUAUUCCUAUAUACAUAUAUAUAUAUAAGGCGCGUGUCGCCUGUGAUAUUUGCCGACAGUCCUUUGCGCGAUGGAACCCAAUGACGAUAAAAUCAAGAUGGAAUGCGAUGAUGAAUCAUAUUUUGUACAGAAAAUGAGGAGACUCAGCUUCGAAGCUGAUAAGGUAGUACCGGCAAUUACGGCUUGCCCACCAUCACCACCCGACUGUCCUCCGUCGUUUUCACCCGAGAUUGGUGUCGACUCUUCAACACCAUUUCUUAAUAUACGGUCCCAGCAUAAGGUGCGUCUUAGGCCACAGUCGCCAAUGAGCGACCCAGAAAGAGAACGAGCCAACAAGAUGCGUUUGUCAAUCAAUCCUUUCACACCGACUGGUAUUGAGAUAUUAAAAAAUAAACACCGCAAGAAACCGUGUCCUGUUCAAUGCAAUAGUUUCAGUAGUAGUGAAGAACACAGCCGUGACAUUAACAAUAGUUUGUGUACUCCUCCUGGCCAUAAAUCGUCCUCUUCUUCAAUUGAUCCAUCCAUCAGAGAUCUAAUGAAUGAAGGUGAAGUGACCAACGUCAGUAUAUAUGAUUUGCAGACGUCUCGUUUUAGUGAGGAGUUUAGAAUGGAUGAUUUUAUUGCAACUGGUGGUUUCGGUGAAGUAUACAAAUGCACAAAUUUAUUUGAUGGAAUUACAUAUGCUAUUAAAAAAACCAAAAAAUCCAUUUAUAAAAGCCAAGAGUAUUUUAUUCGCAAAGAAGUAUAUGCACACUCUGUAAUUGGACGACACCCCAAUAUAGUUUCAUAUUUUACAGCGUGGCACGAAAGAGGCCAUAUUUACAUCCAAACCGAAUUUUGUAAUGGUGGUACUCUUGAACGUAUGAUACAUGAAUCUGAUCAUAUGUUUUGUGAUAGUGCUUUAAGGCGUUUCUUGUGCCAUGUAUGCAGAGGUCUUGCCUAUAUGCAUUCUAAAAAGCUUGCACAUUUAGAUAUCAAAGCUGCCAAUAUAUUAAUAUUUCGUACUAACAAUGCAUUAUUUCCUGAAGAUAUUGACGAUGAUGAAAUUGAAAUAAUUGACAAAGACAUUGUGUACAAAAUUGGAGAUUUUGGCCACACAGUAUGUGUUGAAGAUGUUCGGACCAUUGAAGAUGGAGAUUGUCGGUAUUUACCUAAAGAACUGUUACGUGAUGAUUAUUCUCAACUACAAAAAGCUGAUGUAUUUUCAACUGCACUAACUGCAUAUGAAGCAGCGACUAAAAAAGAUUUACCAAAAAAUGGGCCAGAAUGGCAUCGUUUAAGAGAUGGAGAUUUUUCAUUACCUAAAACUCCUGUUUUUAGUACAGGUCUUGAAAAAAUGCUUAAAAAAAUGAUUGAUUUAAAUCCUACUAAUAGACCAAAUGCUUCUACAGUGGUUAAUCUUUUGCUUGAUAGAGGAAUGGCAGCUGUAAAACAACAACAAGAUGAAAUGGAAGUAUGGAAAUUAAGUUCUAAAUUUCUUACGACGUGCUAUUCUGUUGAAACACAAACACCAUCUAGAACUACUAUUGGACAGAGAAGAUAUGAAAAUUCAAAACUUUACCGCACAAGAAAAGAAAGAAUUAAACGAUUGGUCGGUAGACAAUCAAACAGAUCAUGUAGUACUCCUAAUGUUUAAUUAGUUAUGAUGUUUUUAUUUAAUUUAUUAUAAGAAUUUGUGUUUUCUUUAUUUUUUUAUUCAAAUGAAGAAGAAAUAUUUUGAAAAGCAUCGUCAAGUAUUGUAAGAAAUAUUUAAUCAUUAAUUGCUCCAAUAUUUUUCUACAAUUAUUUUUACCUAGUUGCAUAGCAUUAUUGUAUUUUAUAACUCUGUGAUAAAAGUGAAAAUUAUUUUCAAAUUAAUUAAGUACUUAAUAAUUGUUAUCACAAAAUUAGAAGUCCAAAAGUAAUUAAGGAUUUUAAAGCUUAAUUCUAAUAUUUAUAAUGUAUGGAUCUGAUCUAUUUACCUUAUUUAUUACUUUAUUAAUAUUUGCAAAUAAAAUUAAUGUUAAGUUCGACUAUUCAUUUAACAGUUCUGUUAAAAAGUUAUUAAUAAUGUUUACCUAUUUAUUUAUUAAUCAUUUUUUUUUUUUUUUUUAUUGGUUUAGAUGUGAUUUUUUUUGUCUUAGAUAUGUACCUAUAUAUUAAUAAAUAAACGAGAAAUUUAAUUUUCUAUAAUAAAAUC